CUGAUGUUAAAAGAGGCGAAGAAGAAACAGCGGCGCUAGCAAUGGCGGUGAUUUGGCUGCAAGUAUAAACAAUCCAGCUCACAUUUUGAUGCUGUCUUGAAUACCGUAGUUAUUCUAAUGUCAUAGCCAGUCGUUUAUGGUCGUCUGUCGCACAAAGGAAAUAUAUUUCUCUGUGUUUCUGUCAUUUGUUGGAGUGACAGCAGUGUGUUAUUACAGUUAGCAGGAGCUGAACGGACAGCCAUCAUCUCAUUGUUGAGCACUAACAUUUCUUUGUACCCGGGCAUCGUUUUCUGACCCUUAACAAUGCCGCUGGGUUUGAAACCAUGCUGUGCUGUGUGCAAAACUAACUCUUCCUCGAUGUGGAAGAAAGGAAACCAGGGGGAGAUCCUCUGCAACAACUGCACAGGGAAGAGCAGCAGCGGCGGAGCAUCAGGACCCUCCAUGUCCUCCAACACUCAGCCCAGCAAUGGCGGGGGGAAGCAGUCUAAACAGGAGAUCCACAGGAGGUCGGCACGACUGAGAAGCACCAAGUACAAAGCUCCUGCAUCUGAAAAGAAGGUGUCAACAAAAGGAAAGGGGAGAAGACACAUAUUCAAACUCAAAAAUCCAAUUAAAGCACCUGAAUCAGUCGCAACAAUCAUCACGUCAGAAUCAGUAUUUUAUAAGGGCGUAUACUACCAGACAGGAGAUGUGAUCAGAGUAACAGAUGAGGAAGACGGGAAGUCGUACUAUGCUCAGAUCCGAGGCUUCGUCCAGGACCAGUACUGUGAAAAGAGUGCUGCACUGACCUGGUUGAUCCCCACACAGGCCAGCCCAAAGGACCUGUUUGAUCCUGGGACGUACAUCGUUGGGCCAGAGGAGGAUCUGCCCAGAAAGAUGGAGUUCCUGGAGUUUGUGUGUCACGCCCCCUCUGAAUAUUUCAAGUCCCGGAGCUCUCCGUUCCCCACCAUCCCUAUCCGACCAGAAAAAGGCUACAUCUGGACCCACAUAGGACCCACACCAGCCCUCACUGUCAAAGAGUCUGUCAGUGGCAGCAGUUAACACAACUGUGAUAUGGACUGAGUCUGUUGCUGUUAAACAGACAUAUGUACAUUUAUGUAAUAUAAUGAUAACACAAAAUGGUUAACCAGUCAUUACUUCAGAUUGAAGCCAAGUUAUUAAUUGAUAUAAAGGAAACCUUGUGUACCGACAUAAUUUCAAACAAGUUGUUUAAAUGUUACUUUUGUAUUUCGUUAUAAACAAAAAAGCUCUUUUCCA